AUUAUGUCGACACCAUCACCGCCAACAAUAAAACCAUUGACCAUAUUGUUUGCACCGUUAGAUACCUGGGGCCAUAUCAACGCUUGCCAUGGUUUGGCCGAUUUGUUACGCCAACGUGGCCAUCGACCCGUAUUUGCCCUGGACAUUGGCUACCAGGGUAAAUUGGCCAAGUAUGGCUACGAGGAGUAUAUACUAAAACGUGAUGUCGACCAACAACAGGACGGUCGGGAUUUUUGGGCCGAUUUUGUUACCAAAUAUAAAGAUUGCUAUCGAUUAGCACCGGAAGCCAUAAUGGCCUCAUCGACUGUCGACGGGUUUACUAUAAUGUUUGAAAACUAUCGGCAAUUGGACCGGCAGUACAGGCAGUGUUUGGAUCGGGUCCGACCCGAUUUGAUUGUAAUUGACUCGUAUAUUGGUUCGCCUACGUUGACCAAUGCCCGGGUAGGUGCUGGUGAUGGUUGUAUAAUACCCUGGGUAUGGCUGUGUUCGGCUGCACCGCAAAGUUUUUUGCACAGUCCUAAACUGCCGCCCGCCUGGUCAGGUUUACCACUAGAUAGUGACCAAAAUAAAUGGCUAGAAUUUCGCGAAAAAUAUAAUCAAGUAUUUAGUGAUUUACAUCAUAGGAUAAGCCAAUGGUUUGUUGAAUCAGGUGCCCGACCCCUGUCCACCAAUCGGUCGGAUAUUAAUAUAUUACAUCCCGAGUCACCCUAUCUGAACAUAUAUACCUAUCCGGAGGAACUGGAUUACUAUCAGGAAUUGAAACCAUUACCCGGCAAUUGGCUGCGUAUUGACGGUUCGGUUCGGGAAACUGGCGAUACUUUUGAAAUACCCGACCAAUUGUUAGCCCGAAAAACUAGUGAUGAAAAACUAGUAUUUUUUACAAUCGGAUCGUACGGUGCAUCCAAUAUCGAUCUAAUGAAACGUAUAACCGGGAUAUUAGGUAAAUCUAGACAUCGAUUUAUUGUAGCUACCGGUCCUCUACAUCGACAAUACCAAUUACCUGCCAAUCAAUGGGGUCGACCGUUUCUACCCCAGACAGCCGUACUACCCCUGGUCGACCUGGUUAUAGCACAUGGAGGUAAUAAUACAGUAUGCGAAACGUUUUACUAUGGUAAACCAAUGUUGGUGAUGCCAAUGUCUAGCGAUCAGUUAGAUAAUGCUCAGCGCAUACAUGAGCUAGGAUUGGGAUUACGGCUGAAUCCAUAUCAUUGUACAGAUGGGGAACUGUUGGCUGCAGUCGACCGAUUGGCUACUGACCAGGGGUUGGCCGCACGUAUGCGUAUGAUUGGCGAAACUAUACGCAUGAAUAGGCAACGCAAUGGACAAUUGGCGGCCGAAUUGAUUGAAAAUAUUUGUAAAUAA